GCUGUGCUGACAACAAGAUACCGUAGGAGAGCAAGCAAGAGCAGACGGGUGUACUUCUUGGUGCACAGACUCUGAACUGUGGAUACUUUUUUCUUAUCCUGGAGCUGACAAACAAGACUUCUUUCUUCUAGGGACUUUGGAUGGUCGAUCAAAAACUACUUUACUCUACAAUUCUUUAUUCCUUUGGAAGGUUUUACCAGUUUUUUCUCUUUUUGUCCAUCUGCUGUAAUCAAGAUGCUUAGCCCUGUUACUUUGCAGCAGAUCAUUUCCACCCUGCUUGUGCUCGGCAGCGCUGCGGUGAUGGCAGAGAGGGAGUGCCCGGCGGAGUGCUCCUGCACCCCCUCGCCCCAGCCGUGCCCGCUGGGUGUCAGCUGGGUGACUGACCACUGUGGCUGCUGUAAAGUUUGUGCUCGGCAGUUUAAUGAGGACUGCAGCGCCACCGAACCUUGCGAUCACAUCAAGGGGCUACGCUGCCAUCUGGGGGCUGGAGGAGACCCUGAGAGAGGACUGUGUCGAGCUGAGGCCCAGGGUUUGCCCUGCGAGUUUGGCGGGCGGGUGUACCAACAUGGUGAGGACUUCCAGCCCAACUGCCAGCACCAGUGCACCUGUAUGGACAGGGUGGUGGGCUGCAUGCCCAUCUGUCCUCCCCAGGUGCCACUGCCCAACUGGCGCUGCAUGCGGCCCCGGCUGGCCAGGCCAGAGGGCGGCUGCUGCGAGGAAUGGGUGUGUGAUGACAACAACCACAUCAGUGAGGAGCCAGACGAGCUGACGCACACCUCCCUGCCAGACAGCAAGUCCCUUCCCAACCACAUCAGUGCCUUGCUGCAUGCCCAGCCGCAGUCUCGGCACCCAGCUGCCCCCGAAGGGGCCACGUUCAGAGAAAUGGUGUCCUUCCCCAUGUCUGAGGUUUUACUCAAAUCCAGCUGUUUCCCACAAAUCACAGAGUGGACCGACUGUUCCACCACAUGUGGGAUGGGCAUUUCAAGUCGAGUGACCAACAACAACCCAGGCUGUCGGCUGGUCAGAGAAACCAGACUGUGCCAGAUCCGGCAAUGUGAGCUGCAGCUCCCUGCAUCUAGCAAGAAGGGGAAGAAGUGUCAGCGAACUGUCCGCCCCCGGGAACCGGUCCCAAUCACUUUUGCGGGAUGCUCGACGACACAGUGGUACCGCCCUCGCACCUGUGGGACUUGCACUGAUGAUCGUUGCUGCACACCCUCCCUCUCCCGCACUGUGCGGCUCCGCUUCCACUGCCCUGACGGAGAGGGCUUCUACAGAAAUGUCAUGUGGAUCCAGCGCUGCAACUGCAAUACAAGCUGUCGUAUACCGAGCGGGCCCUCCAGCCCUUCAGUCAGCCUCCACAACGACAUCCACACCUUCAGGCACUGAGGCCUACAGGUUCCUGCCCAGCGCUGGCCUGGCACACUGGGCAAAGACUCCCCCCUCCCCACCUCCCCCCCAACCACCACCAAUCCCCACUCCUGCCACCCUCCUCCCCAACAAGGCAAUACACUCGCUUGCACUUUAAGCUUCCUGCCACAAUCAGUUUGUCCACACUAGAGGUGUGUUACUCCUCUAGUACCAGGGCAGCACUGAGGACAGCACACUGCAGUGUGCUGCUGUGUUAGACUGUUGGCAGAGAGCUUUUACUGAAACUUCUUUUAUUGAAUUGUAAUUUUGUAUCCUCCACGCAGAGGGCGAUGUGACAAUUUGUCAUACAGAAAGAAGGUUUUUUUAGACCAGUAACAGAGAACAUUUAUGAGAAGUGAUGGGGAAUUAUGGACAUGCAUUUUGAAUGAUGAGGAAGAACUAGAUGACAUAACACAUUCAUUAGAGACUAGAGGCUAUGUGUUCUUUAUUGCCUGUCCCUUGUGAUAAAAUGUUUAUCUGUAUGUGUGCAUGUAUGUGUGUGCGUGCGUGUGUGUGUGUAUGUGAAAGUGUAUUGGUAUGUUUGAAGAAUGUGAGAGUUUACAGAGAAUGUGCUCAUUAUGCUACUACAGUAUAUAGAUGAAAGCAUAUAGUGUAUAUGGACUUCACUCUUGGUUGUGGAGUGGUAAAUUCUAUGAUCACCUCAUUUUUCGGGGUGUGAUUUUAUUUUGUAUUUGUUUGCGUGUGUGUCCUUCACAGUGUACAGUGUGCUUUGUUUAAGGAAUAAAAAGAUGCUAAAUAUUUAAAACAUGUUACACAUGUUCAUUGGACGUUUUUUUCUUCUAUUAACUUCUGCACAUCA